UUUUCCAAAGAAUCUAUGCCUAAAAGCUAACAUAGAUUAUGUGCAGGGAAUAUUAAUUGAUUAUAACUUAAUGAUGUAUAAGUGUAUGAUCAAAUUUAUGGAUAAUGACUUUUGGCUUCUCUCACUCAACAGAUAGGAGGUAGGAGUAGAUCAAAGGCAUGGAUUCCUUUAUGUAUUAAUGGUGGUAGCAUAUCAUGGGAAGCAAGCAUUCCAAGGGAACAACUUCCACUAGUGAUCCAGUUCCAUUUAAAAGUUUUCGAGUUCCUUUUGUAGAUUUGGAGGAAGCAACUGAUGAAAAGUUUGUCAUUGCAGAGGGUGGAUUUGGGAAGGUUUACAGGGGUGUUUUGUGUGAUGGCACAAAGGUGGCCUUGAAAUGGGGUAAUCCUAAGUCUCGACAAAGUAUUAAAGAGUUCCGAACAGAAAUUGAAAUGCUCUCACAGCUCCGCCAUCCGCAUCUGGUUUCAUGGAUGGGAUACUGUGAUGAAAAUAAUGAGAUGAUUCUAAUUUAUGGGAACCUAAAAAAACAUUUGUAUGACUCAGAUCCACCCACUAUGAGAUGGGAACAGAGGCUGGAGAUAUGUAUUGGGGUAGCCAGAGGUCUGCAUUACCUUCAUACUAGCGGAAUUAUACAUCGUGAUGUCAAGUCUACAAACAUAUUGCUUGAUGAGAAUUUUGUGCCAAAAAUUACUGAUUUUGGAUUAUCCAAGAAAGCACCUGAGCUUGAACAAACUCAUGUUAGUACAGUCGUGAGAGGAUCUAUUGGCUACCUUGACCUUGAAUAUUAUAUAACGAGGAAACUGACAGAAAAAUCUGAUGUUUAUUCUUUCGGUGUUGUUUUAUGUGAAGUUGUUUGUGCUAGGCCUGCAAUAGAUUCAUCUCUUCCGAGGGAGCAGGUCAACUUAGCUGGAUGGGCAAUGAAUUGGCAGAAAAAGGGACAACUCAAACAAAGCAUAGAUCCCAAACUUCAGGGCAAAGUAAGACCAGAUUCCCUCAGGAAGUUUGGAGAAACAGCGGUGAAAUGUUUAGCUUAUUCUGGUGUAGAUAGGCCAUCUAUGGGUGAGGUGCUGUGGAAUUUGGAGUAUGCACUUCAUCUCCAAGAGCCUGUAAUUCAAGAAAACAGUAGCAUCCCUAUUGGCGAGCUAUCACUGCAAAUCAAUGAUUUCAGUCAUGUUGAUGUCAGUUCUAAUGCUGCUCAGAUCGGGACAUUAAAUUCGUACAUCUCUCUAUAAGGUUAUAAGUCUGAGAUAACUAAGUGAAAAUGGUACAUACCUUCCUUAGGUGUUUGUUAAUUCCACUUAGGUUCAUGAAUCAUAUGAAGAUUUUUAUUUUUGGUUUUAUCAACAAUUAGAUCUGAGUUGUAUAUUGAAAGAAUGUUAACUUUGAAAACAUGCAUUGUUCUACCAGUGGAUCCUCUUUUCAUUUAUUUUUUGAGAAGUAACAACAAUUUCCCUUUCUCAUGAACUGUUUCUAAUAACAAGUGAUAGAUUUGGGACAUUAAA